UGGUUUGGCCCAACGCUAUGACUUGCAGGACUCCCGAUUCUGCAACGAACGAACGCUUGCCGAUUCUCCACCUUGCCUUCUUGUGUGCGCUGGAAGGGGCAUAUUUUUACACCAUAUGCACCAUCUUCAGUUUCGCAGGUAUCCUCAGUGUAGAUCUAGGAUGGGCUUCAGAUAGAAACGGGGCGGGCUCUGUGGCAGGCUGGCUACAAUCUUCAAAUGUUUGCGGCCGCAUCUUUACAUCUCCAGUCUGGGGUUUUGUUGCUGCACGGUAUGGCAUCAAGGUUGUGCUUACCAUUACGUUGUCCUCCAUGUUGAUUGGCGGCAUUCUCUUCGGUUUUUGCACCAUUCUUAUUGCGGCAAUGAGUGUCCGCUUCAUUUUCUUGGGUGUUCUGAAUGCUUGGCUGGUUUUAACGGGUCCUUGUGCACUCGCUGUUGCAGGAUGCGAACGCCAGACAGAGGUUCUUGGAUUGAUCUUUGCCGCUGGAUGUGGUAUGCAGUUGAUAGGUCUUGCAGUUGGAGGUUGGACCUAUGGCAUUGUGGAACAAUUUCCAGCAUUGUUUCCGAGCCUUGUUGGGUGUGGUUUGUGGAUUGUUGCCUCAGCCCUGUUGAUUACCUUCGCAAGGUUUUUUCACAAGAGGAACCUCCUGUCAAGGAAAAGGCAAUGCAAGCGGAAUCUGAUCAAUCUGAUUCAUCCCUUCCCAAGUCCAAGCCUUUGAUUUUCCAGUGGUCUAUGCCACUCAUACUUAUCAUGCGCUUUGCUGGAGGAUGUGCGUCAUAUACAAUGUAUGAGGCCGUGCCAUUGUGGUUGAUCUCUGACACUGAACUGGGAGGCCUUGGAAUGACUGAGAAGUCGGUUGGUUCCUUUCUGUGCAGAUCUGGCCUGUGGAACAUCAUCUACUUCACCUGGGUCCUGCCAUGGUGCUCUAAGCGCUUGGGAAGUCGCUGCUACUGCAUUGUGACAAGCGUCAUUGCAGCAGUCACGGCUUGUUUCUUGCCCUUCUCUCCCAACAUUCCAGUGGCCAACGUUUUGCACCUCAUUUGGGCGUCGGCACUGGUGUCCAACAAUUUGUUAAAUGCUGCCUUCACCAAUAAUGCCACAUCUUCCGAAGAACGUUUUGUGGCAAGCGGUCUUGCAGUGACCGCUGAGACGGUUGGGAAAGCUAUUGGACCAGUGGCGUCUUCAUCAACCUUUGCAUGGACACUGAACACUUGGGGAUGGCAUGGGCAUGGCACUGCGUUUUUCAUUCUGGCAGGAUUGUCAAUUAUUCAAAUCAUUUGUGUUCUUUGCCUUCCCAGCUACGUUGAGCCUUGCCAGCAGUCCGUAGAGAUGCCAUCAAAAACUGGCAGCGUUGCCAGUAAGGAGGGUAAAAUCCCGGAUCCUUGACUUUCAUGAGAUGACCCACAAGUGUUUGCUUAGACCCGGUUUCACCUUGUUUAGUUUAUAUAUAAUUAUAUAUAUAUACAUAUAUUUAUGGCGCGCGGCCAUUUUUCAGGAGCCUUGUCUUGAAUUCGGACAUGUCUGGGGCACCUGUUCCCUGCUGUUCGCAAGCAACAGCAGGCUCUUUUUUUGGUGCUUCAAACCAUUCAGGCCCCAGACAGCAUAGUUGCAUAGACCCACAGACAAACUCCCAAGAUUGAACGAAAUUACGGCGUUUUCACGUCUCGUAGAGGGAUACUGAGCAUACUGCAGCAUUACAAGACGGUGUUUGGAAUGCUUUGGAUUUGAUCAUUUUGUGGAAGUAUGGACUUCAUAAAGUGUUACGUGAUAAAUAUUGGGUGACGCAGGCAUCAGCUGAAAA